GCGCCGCCUAGAAGUGACUUCUCCAAAAAGUGUCUUAGUUCCCGGUCACCUGAGCUCCCGGCGAGCGCCUGCGGUGGCCUCGCAGCUAGGCGCCCUCUGUGGGUCCUGCCCUGAGAUCCUACCCUCUUCUUCCUGCCCAUCCUCUCCGCCCCCUUCAGCCCCCUAAAGGCCUGUCAUUUCCCUCUUCUCCUUUCCCAGUCUCGGGUCGGACCGGGCCGAGCCGGGCCGCCAGGGCGCGGCCCCUGACCAUGGCGUCUCUCUUCAAGAAGAAAACCGUGGACGAUGUGAUAAAGGAACAGAAUCGAGAGUUGCGAGGCACACAGAGAGCUAUAGUCAGAGAUCGAGCAGCUUUAGAGAAACAAGAAAAACAGCUGGAAUUAGAGAUUAAGAAAAUGGCCAAGAUUGGUAAUAAAGAAGCUUGUAGAGUUUUAGCUAAACAGCUUGUACAUCUGCGGAAACAGAAAACAAGAACUUUUGCAGUAAGUUCAAAAGUGACUUCUAUGUCUACACAAACCAAGGUGAUGAAUUCUCAGAUGAAGAUGGCUGGAGCAAUGUCCACCACAGCAAAGACAAUGCAGGCAGUGAACAAGAAGAUGGACCCACAAAAGACAUUACAAACAAUGCAGAAUUUUCAGAAGGAAAACAUGAAAAUGGAAAUGACUGAAGAAAUGAUCAAUGACACACUUGAUGACAUCUUUGAUGGCUCUGAUGAUGAAGAAGAAAGCCAAGAUAUUGUAAAUCAAGUUCUUGAUGAAAUUGGAAUUGAGAUCUCUGGGAAGAUGGCCAAAGCUCCUUCAGCUGCCCGAAGCUUACCAUCUGCCUCUGCUUCAAAGGCUGCAAUCUCCGAUGAAGAGAUUGAACAGCAACUCAAAGCCUUAGGAGUAGAUUAGUCAAAAAAGUCAUUGUGUUUUUGCUUACUUACAAUUAUUUAGGAUGAAGCAAGCACGGUGCAGAUUCCUUUUACAAAACACAUUUAUUUUGAAAAAUGAGGACCAUAAAUAAACAGUUGUUUCCUAUCCCACGGCUAUUUUGAAUUUUUUGCCAAAGAAUGACAAUGACAUAAAAAUGGAAAUGGUUUGAAUUUUAAUUAGAACUGCUUAGGAGUGUGAUGUGUAAAAAGUUGACUUCUUUCUGCAUGGCAUAGAGAAUUAAAUAUGUUACUUGGUGUCAGUUCAUGUUUUAAAUCUUUUCAGACUGAAUACACAAUUCUUGUUAAAUGCCACUAGGCACCAACUUAAAAAGACUUGUAAAAAUAAUCAAAGUAUAUCACUAAUUCUGUAUCUGUUGCUUAGCCUUUGUAAACAAUUAUGUUUUAUGACCAUAGGCACUACAGCUGCCAAAUUAUUUUUAAAUGAUCUAAAAGAAGAGUAGUAGUUAAACAUCUGUCUUAAAAACUAUCAUUAACUUUUCUUUUCUUUUUUCUUUGGGAGAACAUUCUAGUUGUAAGUUAUUACCUUUCAAAAUGUGCUUGGCACCGGCCUUACAUAGCACAAUCAUAUUGUGCACAUAUUUAAAUUACUUUAACUGGCAGUAAAAAAAAUAGUUUUAAACAAAAAUUGAGAUACAACAGUUAUUCAGACUGUCUUGUACAUCUUAUAGAAGUGAAUUGAAUGUAAUUAGCAAAAACUGAAUAACAUUUAUUGUAAUAAACAGUAGGUUUUGAUCUUACUUCCAAGAACUGAGAUUUUUCUCCAUAUGAACUGUAACUUAACUUCUGUUUAAUUUAGAAUUGUAUUGGUAUAUUGAACUCUAAAUUGAAGCCACUACUACUAUGACAAUGCAUGACAUAAAUUUUAAAACGAAAGUUUAAUAAUUUUUGGUAAAUAAACUACAGUUUUGUCAGAAAUUACUGCCUAAGUGUGUAUUACUGUGUUUGCAGUGUAUUUUAGCUAACAUUGUCAUGAUAUUUAUGUAUAGAGAGGGCAGAAGGAAAAUGGAGUGCUACAUUAGAUAGAAAUAGAAUUUAGAAUUAGGUUAGCUUUGAAAGAUGACACUUGUGACACAUAAGUUCUAAAACAGUCUAUCAUAAAAAUCUUGGAGGAGAUUAAAUAUAUGUAACCUAGUUAAUUUGAAAUGGUGGGCAUUUUGGACUAAUAUUGACAAAGUUAAGUAUGUUUUAGAACAAGUUUACAUGUAACAUAUAAAUUGGGUAAAAAAAACUAAGCUAUUUAGUUUGUUUUUGUUUUUGUUUUUGUUUUGUACCAGGAAUUGAACUCAGGACCUUGCACUUGCCAAGCAGGUGCUAUGCACUGAGCUAUAUCCCCAGCCUAAGACAUUUAGUUAAGAAUUCAUAGAUCACUUUAUCUUUAAAAAUUAGGAUUCAUUAUUGAUAGUCUUAAAUAAUUCCUAAUUGCCCUGAGCAGUGAUGAAUGAAAAUAUUGUACUGGAUUAUAGAAUAUUAACUUGAACAUGUUUCAAUUCUUGGAUGUACAUAAUAAUGCCAUCUAACUGUAUUUACUUUCUUGUUUACAUGUGGGUUUUUAAAAAAUUAUUUUGUUAAAAAUCUCAAUAAAGAUUUAUUACUGUU